AUGAUCCUUAGAAGCAGCCGCAAUGUCCGCAUGAACUAUAGGGCUUCUCAAGCAUGUCCAGAAGACGCCAACCCUGCCAAGCGCCGCCGCCUCCAGGAGCCUGCCUGCCUUGCCUCGUUGGCAGAGCCAGACCUGGAAGCAUCUGCCAGGCCUGCCAGCAAAGAGCUCACGUCCACGGUGGUCAUUCCCACCGGAUGUGCCAUGCAACUACGCGUGCAAGGCGUCGACCUGCUGCUGGAGCCCGAACUGACCUCGGUCAGGCGAGUGUCGCUACCUGGACAUACCAUCAUCCUGGUCCCCGAAGGCCUCCAAGCCUCCUCCCAACCUGGGCAGGCUGUGUUCUGGCCCGCCGGCACGCAGGAGGCCCCUGUCCCGGACAUGCUCCAGGACCACCACGUCUUUGCCCUCGACCAGGGAAUCAAUGGUGCCGAGAGGUAUGCUCCUGGCUCCAUCUGGAGCCUCAAAAGCAGCACGCGCUGGCCUCUACCCAGCCUGCAACUGCAGCCUCUCCCUCCAUCUCCUCCUCCAAGUCAUCAAGAACAAACCUCUGAGAGUCCUCAGAAGCCUCCACGGCCACCAUGCAAGGCCAAGAGGCGCCUCUUCUAGGAAAGGGACGACGACUACACCCCAACAAACAGCACCUCGGACGUUUAUCUGGCCGCCCUAGGGGAU